ACCCCAACCCAAACGCAAAAAAUGCAUAAUUCCAAAACAUUCACAACACUCUUUCCUCUCUUCCUUUACUUCGCACUCGCCUCCUCCGCGAACAUGCUACCCCCAGACGCCGUCGCCCUCUUGUCGUUCAAGCGCCAAGCAGACCAAGACGACAAGCUACUCUACGCGCUGAACGAGCGCUACGACUACUGCGAGUGGAGGGGAGUGAAGUGCGCACAAGGCAGGGUGGUACGCUUCGUCGUUCAAGGUUUGGGCCUCCGCGGCGCAUUCCCUCCGAACACCCUCACUGGACUGGAGCAGCUCCGAGUAUUGAGCCUCCGCAACAAUUCGCUCUUCGGGCCCAUCCCAGAUCUCUCUCCACUCACUAACCUGAAGUCACUCUUCCUCGACCACAACAACUUCUCCGGUUCCUUCCCUCCUUCAAUCCUUUCCCUCCAUCGCCUCCUCACUCUUUCACUUUCCCAUAAUACCCUCACCGGUUCGCUUCCGGUUCAACUAACCCUCCUCGACCGCCUCAUUUCUCUCCGGCUUAACUCUAACAAUUUCACCGGAACCGUUCCCGCUCUCAACCAAACCGCUCUCAGACUAUUUGAUGUUUCUUUUAACAACCUCACCGGUCCGGUUCCAGUGACCCCAACCCUCGUUCUUUUCAACGCGACGUCGUUUUCGGGGAACCCUGGUCUCUGCGGGGAAAUCAUACACAAACAAUGCGACCCUCGUUCUCACUUCUUCGGUACCGGCGCGUCCUCUUCGGCGCCGUUGAGUCAGAGCGAGGAAUCUCAGGGCAUCGUCGUGGUUCCUUCCCCGACCAGAACUAAACGUGGCCAUAAAAAAACCGGCUUGGUUUUCGGCUUCGUUUUUGUUGGGGUUGCGAUUCUCGCUGCUUUUGCACUCGCCGUGAUGGCGUUGGCUAGGAAAAGACAAACCGGUUCGAGAAAACCGGAACCGCUGGAAAUGGAAAGUGUUCCUGCGGCGGAGGAAAUUGAAAUGGGGGAGAGGGAGGUGAAGGUGAAGAAGAUGGAAGAAGCACAUAGGAGUGGGAAGUUGGUGUUCUGCUGCGGGGAGGUGCAGCAUUACACGCUGGAACAGCUUAUGAGAGCUUCGGCGGAGUUGUUGGGGAGGGGGAGCGUGGGAACCACGUACAAGGCGGUGAUGGAUUCGCAGUUGAUAGUGACGGUGAAGAGGUUGGAUGCUGGGAAAACGGCGGUGACUAAUGGGGAAGUGUUUGAGCGUCACAUGGAGGUUGUGGGGAGGCUUCGCCACCCCAAUUUGGUACCUUUAAGGGCUUAUUUUCAGGCCAAGGGAGAGAGGCUUGUUAUCUAUGAUUAUCAACCUAACGGCAGCCUCUUCAACCUCGUCCAUGGUUCAAGAUCAGCAAGGGCCAAGCCCCUGCAUUGGACAUCAUGCUUAAAAAUAGCAGAAGAUGUGGCUCAUGGACUUGCUUACAUACACCAAGCUUCAUCUUUAAUUCACGGGAACUUGAAAUCCUCUAAUGUCCUUCUUGGAGCCGAUUUUGAAGCUUGUGUCACAGAUUAUUGUUUGGCCUUUCUUGCAGACUCUUCACUCGCUGAAGAUCCUGAUUCUGCCACCUAUAAAGCACCAGAGGCUCGCAAAAGUAGCCGCAGGGCCACUUCGAAGUCUGAUGUGUAUGCUUUUGGUGUGCUUCUUUUGGAGCUUUUGACGGGUAAACAUCCUUCUCAACAUCCUUUUCUUGCACCAACAGAUCUGCAAGAUUGGGUCAGAGCAAUGAGGGAUGAUGAUGGCAGUGAAGAUAACCGGCUAGAAAUGCUCACAGAGGUUGCCAGUAUUUGCAGUGCAACCUCACCGGAGCAGAGGCCAGCAAUGUGGCAAGUCCUUAAGAUGAUACAGGGAAUAAAGGACAGGGUUACCAUGGAAGACAAUACACAUGUGGGACUCUCAUAGUUUGUGUCUUAAUCUCAGUGACUGGAUUGAUUGUAUACACAACAGAAGAACGCAAUCACAGCAAGUACUAUCAAGUGCUCUCGUUGAAAAUCGAAGAGAAUUGCUCGUGGGGAGGAAUUUAGAAGAGUGAUUUUGCAGGCCAAGUUGAAAGGUUAAGCAAUCAUUUCUGCGAGAAUCUCAUGCAGAAGCAGCAGAACCAUCGGAUAUUACAGUUUUAUUAUCGGCUGUGGCUGGUUAGUGCGGUUUUUUUUUCUACAGACAAUGAAAUAGAAUUUAUAUGAAUGUAUUUUAACUUUUCAAUUUUGCCUCCGUUUGUGUCUCCG